AUGUUAGACAUCAUAGGUUCUUUGGAUGAUCUUCCAAUCUAUUCAUUCCUCUUUCCGAAUGAAAAAGGGUCUAGUUUAUAUAAUGCUUAUGACCGUGAUGAAGUAGAAAAUAAAUUAGUCAUCAAAAUUGACCAAGAUGAUCGAGCUCCAAAGUUUUCUGUUGCAGAUGACAUUUCAGAAGUAUAUGCUUUGCCUGGGAUUCAUGAAUGUAUUAAUGGUCAAAAACCUUUAAGAGCCGUAAUUGACAUAGAUGCUUUAGAGGAAGAUAUGAAAAUAACUGGAGUUAAGUCCAAUGAAGUAUUCAUCCGAAUUUGUUGCUCUUUUAUAAGAGCUUUGUAUCGUAUACUUGAUUGUGGCUGGGAAGACAUUUUCAAUGGAUUAGUUAUUGCUACAUCUUCAGAUUUUAGCAAGUGUAGCUACCAUAUUUUAUAUGCACCAGUUCUUCUUAUUGAUCAUCACGAACUCAAAGCAUUUACUAAAUUA